CCCAUCUAAAAACGUGUGGCGUAUCGUGACAAAAAUUUGCAUUUGUGUUUUGUGCUAUAAAUAGACCUUUCAAAUUGGCAGUAAUACAGUCUUUCACAGAAAUAAUAGUUACAGACAUAAAAUGUCCACCACACAUAAACAUCGCUAUAAAAAUGUCGCUCUGGAUUCAACAGAGAUGCGUCGCAGACGCGAAGAAGUUGGAAUACAGUUGCGGAAAACAAAACGAGAACAGCAGCUCUCAAAACGUCGCAAUGUUGUUCUGGACUCAACACCGGCGACCACAAGCGCCGGUAGCAGCGGCAGUGGCGAAGUCCAGCUGCACAGCAGUGACAUGCACAUGGCAGACAGUAGCGGGCAGGGUCUGGGAGUGGGUGUGGCCGUGGACGGAGUGCAAGCGCAUGGAGCCGGUCAACAGGAGGCCUCUGGCCAACAGCCAAUUAUUGAUGCAGAGAUGAUACAAAUGCUCUAUAGCGAUAAAGAGAGUGAUCAGCUGGAAGCUACACAAAAGUUUAGAAAACUACUGUCCCGUGAUCCAAAUCCCCCAAUCGAGGACGUAAUAGAGAAAAACAUUGUGCCACAAUUUGUGACCUUCUUGCGCAACAACUCCAAUGCAACACUACAAUUCGAGGCGGCCUGGACAUUGACGAACAUUGCCUCAGGUACCUCACACCAAACAAAGAUUGUUAUUGAUUCCGGCGCAGUGCCCGUAUUCAUUGAGCUGCUGUCGAGUCCUCAUCACGAUGUACAGGAGCAGGCUGUAUGGGCAUUGGGUAACAUAGCUGGUGAUUCACCGGCGUGUCGUGAUCAUUUGCUUAAUUCUGGCAUUUUAUUGCCACUACUGCAUGUGCUGAGCACUUCGGACCGUAUUACUAUGGUGCGGAAUGCCGUUUGGACGCUUUCAAAUUUAUGCCGUGGUAAAAAUCCUCCGGCUGAUUUUUCUAAAAUUGUGCAUGGCUUACCCAUACUUGCGCGCUUACUGCACUACACGGACGCAGAUGUGCUUAGCGAUACGUGUUGGGCCAUUAGCUAUCUAUCUGAUGGGCCAAACGACAAAAUUCAGGCCGUGAUUGACGCGGGUGUCUGUCGGCGACUCGUCGAUUUGCUACUGCAUCCCCAACAGAACGUGAGUACGGCGGCACUGCGCGCUGUUGGCAAUAUUGUCACCGGCGAUGAUCAGCAAACCCAAGUGAUAUUGAGCUAUAAUGCCUUGCCGUGCAUCAGUCUUUUGCUAUGCUCAACGGCUGAAACAAUUAAGAAGGAAGCGUGUUGGACCAUUUCAAAUAUUGCGGCUGGCAAUCGCGAGCAAAUUCAGGCAAUCAUCAAUGCUAACAUUUUCCCUCAGCUAAUGACCAUAAUGCAAACAGCAGACUUUAAAACACGAAAAGAAGCUGCCUGGGCAAUAACUAAUGCAACCAGUAGUGGAACCGCAGAGCAAAUUAAUUAUUUAGUACAGGUCGGCUGUGUGCCGCCAAUGUGCGACUUUCUCACUGUAGUGGAUUCGGAUAUUAUUCAAGUAGCUUUGAAUGCUCUUGAGAAUAUUCUGAAAGCCGGAGAAAAGUUUCAAGUGCGACCAAAUCCUUAUGCAAUAACCAUUGAAGAGUGCGGUGGUCUCGACAAAAUUGAAUAUCUGCAGGCACACGAGAAUCGCGAUAUUUAUCAUAAAUCAUUCUACAUUAUUGAACAAUACUUUGGCAACGAAGAGGAGGACACGCGUGUGGCGCCCGUUGCUGGCAGUCAGCAGUAUGAGUUCAAUCCGCAAAAUCAGCCUAAUAAUGGAUUUAAUUUCUAGCAUGACAAAAAACAAGCACUGCAAAUUAAACCGUUCGCAAAUGGUAAUCUCCCAGAUGAACCGUGAAAGUAGCAUCAGAAUGUCUGUAGAGAGGGCGUAGAAAGACAUGCACUGACAACACCUCAGUGUGCAGUCAUUAGCAUUUAAGUCAUAAGGGCCCGAAAUUUAAUUUACUUUUAGUACUUUGUUUGUUUUCUUUUGUUAUAUACUCCAAUUAUUAUUAUUUGCGAAAGCGUUCCAAAAAUUCGAUGUGUGCAGACGGUCCAGGACCGCAACUCGUGCAUUUUAAU